UUCUUGGUAACCUCUUUUGCUGUUUUCUCUCCUCGUCCAUUCCCCCCUCGCAGUAUCUCGCUGCCACCCCAAUCUUGCUGCUACGAAUCUCCUCUCACCACGUAACUUUAGUUACUCCACUGGUCCCCACCCCAAACAUCUCAGCCCAACCAAGCAGGCACUCGCCUCCCCAACCAUUUUCACGAAGCGCACAUUCAAUGGAUCCAUCCCAAUUCGCCGGCAUCAGAAUGGACGCCAACACGGCGUUGGGCAGCAACGCCGCCAUGCUAACCGCUAACAUGCGGCGCAAGGGCGACUAUCACAAGCGCGCGGACGGCAAGCAGGCCGUGGUGCGGCUGUCGCCGGCGCUGUUCGCGCUGAUCGAGGGUCUGAAAGAGUGCAUGUCGCUGGCGAGCGGCGGCAUCACGGUCACCAAGAUGGACGUCGUCUCCUUCUUCCUCGAGGCCGCCUACUCCGAGAUCGACCGCCUCUUCGCUCCGCGCCGCGCCAUGCCCGGCUGGAUGGAGCGCGAGACGGCUCUGCGCGGCGCGUGGGAGGCGGAGCUAGAAACCCGGCGCAAGGCGGGCGUCGUGGGCCCGCUGCACCCGCCUCAGCGGCCGUUGCGCUUCGCGCCGUCGUCCGUGAGUCCGUCGAUGGGGCGCGACGGCGUGGCGGACGACACGCUCCCCGUCGCCUACACCACCGUCUUCGCCGCCGAGCGCGCGGCGGGCGCUCUGGGCCCCGUGCAUGGCGGGGAGGUGACACCUGUGGGCCCCACGUCAGGGCUCGGUUCGCGGGGACGGCACAAGUGGGGGCGGAAGAACUGGUACGCAGGAAUGUCUGGCCGCGGCAGUGGCGCGGGGAUGCAUCACGCGGUUGCGGAGUAUGACCCGAGCGGAGCUGGCGCGGGCGGCAUGGUGCCGGCGGCAGCCGUCGGAUCGGAUCUCGUGGUUCAUCCGGGAAUCUCUCUCGAUCCCAGCGCAUCCUUCGGCGCCGCUGCAGGUGCGGUGGGGAUUCACGGCGCGCUGAUAGGCGCUGCGAGCGCGGCGCCAGGCAUCGGCGCGCUUGAUACGCGUCCUGACGCCGUUGGGUAUGCUGCGGGUGCGCCCGCCGGGCAAGGGCGGCAGGGGCGGCGGCAGCUGGCGUGGACGCAGCCGAACGCGGCGCGGAACCGCCACGCGUGGCUGCGCGAGGCGAUGCGCAGCGCGGAGGUGGCGGCGGCGCAGGAGCAACCCAUGGUGUGGGAUAAGGUCGCGCUGAGCGGUGCAGGCGGAGCCGGGGGGGCGGGAGAAAGCGCUGGCGCCGCCCAAGAGGAGCUUCAGGGGAGGUCCGCGGGUGAGGCAGUGGCGGAGCAAGGAGGGGAAGAAGCGGGGGGAAGCCGUCCUGGCGGAAACGGAGAGGGGGAAGCAGAGGGAGAAGGGGCGGAUGGGACAGAGGGGGGGGAGGGAAUGGUGGGGGUGAAAAGGAAGGUGGAGGAGGUGGAGCUGGGGGAGGAGGACGAGCAGGCGCAUAAGAGGCAGGCGCAGCAGCACGAGGGGCAGGAGGAGCUGGCGGUUGAAGGGGGGGGUGGGGCUGGUGACGAUGGGGUGGGGGAAGCAGAGGUCGGAGGGAAUGGGGGGGUGGGAGGUGAUGGGGGCGACGAUAACAGGGGAGGGAAUGGUGAGACGGGCAUUGAGACGGAACAUGAGACUGGCGGUGCUGUGAUUGGAGAAGAGGGGCAGAGGGAGAACGAACCAUAUGCUGAUGACUUUGUCGCUGCUGCCGUUGAGGCGGCGGCAGCUGCUGCAGCUUCUGCUGCUGGGGCUGUUACUGACGGUGCUGCCGCUGAUGCCACCCCUGCUCCUGCCGAUGCUGAUGAGGCUGCUGACCCUGAGCCUGAGGGGCCGGCAGAAGACGCUGCUGCUGCUGCUGCUGCUGCUGCAGAGGCUGCGGAGGCCCCAGAAGGUGGUGCAGCGGAUGUGGCUGAUGCUGCAGCAGGAGUGCUGGGGGAAGAGCCGGCAGUGGGUGAGGACGCAGCACCUGAUGAUGCAGCGCCAGCAGGCGAAGGUGAGGGUCAAGAGUGACAACUCCAUGAUGAUCCUCCAUCGCUGUUGAUGUUCCUAGAGCAUCUCAUUGGCAAGCAAGAGGUAGAAUGCUGGGAAGGUUACGGUUGGGCUUGAAAUCAGGCCCAGGACAUGCAGGGGCCAAUGCCAGUGCUAGCAUUCUGGGGUUUUCUGAUGGUGGUGAAGAGGGCCUGGUGUUAGGGCAUGGGGUUGGGGUUGGGGUUGGGUGGGGUCGGGGUUGAGGUUCAAGAAGGGGCUGCAUCACUGUGAUCGGUGCUGCAAGUGGAUGGCGUGAUAAUGGGGCAGCUGUCAUCUGUGUGGGGGAUGUCAUGGCGAAUUGGCAUGUGUUGAUUUGAUCCAUGUGCAAUUUAGGACCUUAGGAGAUGGGAUGCAUGGGAGUUGUGCAGAAGCUUCGUGAGGGGCAAUUCACGGUGGUACGGUACGUGUGAACACGUCAUCAUGAUUAUUAGACGCCCCAUUGUGUGGGUUAUCAAAAUGAGAGAAGUGAAUGAUGACUAGUGGGAGAGUACAGAUAGAUAUACCUAAGUAUUGUACCCUCUAAGA